AAGUCCAUUAAAAUAGGCUUCAGAGAACCAGAGACUGAAAGUACACACGUGCUGUAAUAAUCCAUCUCCUAAAGAAUGGUUGAAUGUUUCUGAUGAGGACUAGAAAUUGGAAUAACAAGAGUCUUCUUUUAAUCCUGUGUUUAACAGCAUUGUAUUUAUCAGCUAAUGGAGUUAUGGUACUAAUACCUCAUCACAUUGUCAGUGCUACAGUGAAUGAAAGUGCCACUCUAUCAAUGGAAUACAGAUGCAAUGGAGUGCCUACUAUUAGAUGGAAACAGCUGUCAGCAUGGGGAAUGAAAAACAUUAUCAUCUGGGAACCAGGCAAUUAUCAAAACAUUUCAAAGAGCUUUGAAGAUCGAGUUCAGGAAUACAGAAAUGGGUCCAUCCAACUUUCAAACGUUCAGCUAUACGAUGCUGGUUGCUAUGUAGUGACAGUGACAGAUAAAGCAGGAAGCAGCAAAGAUGGUGUUAUUGUAUUGAAUAUAAAUGAACCAGUUUAUAAGGACUUGCAUUUUGUAGCUGUUGUCGCUACAGUUCUUAUGGCAGUAUCUAUUGUCCUGAUGUUCUUCCUAUGGAUCUGCAAUCAAAGUGUGCAACUGUGCAAAAUGAAGAGGAGAGCACAAAGACUAAAUGCUUCUACAGAUAUGGAACUAUCAUCACCUUAAUGUUGCAUUACACAUUCCAGCUUGUUUGUUCGAGCAAGACUGUGGGACAAUCUGAAAAUAUAAGGAACUUGAAGGAAAAAUUAACACUAAGAAACUUUAAUGGGUGAAAAGGACAUAUUUAAUAUACAUAUGUCAUAUUUAUUACUUGAAGCAACAUUAUAGCUUAUAUGACAAGAGGAAAAAACCAGUAUGCAAAAUAAUUAAAUGGUCUCAGCAGUUUUUUGUGACAUAUUCUUGCAACUAAUCUCAUGUUUGUAUACUUUGGAUGCAUCCUGAACAAUGCAGUUCAUACAUACAGUGCUUACUUUGCAUUGUGGAUUGUACAACACCAAAAGCAUAUUUUUGUACAAAACAAGUUUAGAAAAUUAAAGCAAUACAUGUUUAAAUAAAUUUUAAUGAAUGUAUUCUCUCUUGACCUGUUUGUUUAAAUUCAUAUUGCAAAAUUCUUUAAAAUGUUGAUUUUUCAACCUAUUUGGUGAACGCAUGCUAAAAUCUAGAAUUUAAGAUAACAAAUACUUCACAUGCUUGCAGUACCACAAUGGUUAAAUAGUUAACUGAGGAAGUAACACAAAAAUAGUGGACAUUUUAAUGCACAUUAUUUUAGGAGACUGUGGGCCAUUAUUAAUAUGCACUAUAAAUUUUUACCAAUUAUUGUAUUGAGGCUGUAUAUAUUAAUAAAAAUUAUAUUUUCAAUCA